UCUCCUCUUAACACAAUUACGAUUUUGUUGCACUUCAUUCGAUGUAGGUAAAUUCUAAAGGUUUUUAUUUCUAGUGGAAACAUACACAACUCAAUUCAAGCCAGGAACAGUUGAGAAAAAUUAGUCAACCGAUAGGUCCUCCGGCAGGAAUCCAACCUACGCUUGUGUAUGUUUCCACUCGAAAUUAAGACGGUUUAAAAACAUUUAGAAUUUAUCUACAACGAGUGAAGUGCCGCAAAAACGAAAUUGGUAACCCUCAAUUUCCUCAAACACACUCACUAACCACGCUUGCUCUUGUCACUUGUGGCUACCUCCACCAUAAGUAGCCCAGAAAUCUGCGUGUGACUCAGUCUUCGACUACAUUGUUUAAUGUUUACGCGCGCGGACAGCUUUAUACUUACUUAUGUAAUAUAUAUGUAAUAUACUUACUUAUCCAACACGUACCUGGGGAGAAAUAGUAAAAAAAACUUUGGAACUACGCAGUAAAGAACACAGAAAACUACAUAGAGGUAAAUUAAGAUACCUUUAGUAAACUACUAGCCAUUUUUUUUGUCGUAAACGACACUGGAAGUGUGGAAAAAUCGGCGCAUUUUUUUACAAAUUUGCUUAAUUUUUCGCUGUGACUAUGCGGGACGCAAGUUGCCUGAUAGCGGUUUUUGGUUUGAAUCACGAAUGCAUUAUUUCAUUGGCUUUUACAAUUUACGAACAUCUAAAAAGCCAAUGAAAUUGUUCACAUGACGACUUUAGCCAACGGUGCUGCGCACCUUUUUCCAAGACAGGUGCAAGGCGUUGUGCUGAUUUUCACAGUAGCACUAUUAACUUUUUGUAUUUUCCUGACAGCAUGCCAUGUUUAUAGCAUUUCAGUUUAAAGUAGCCAAGGCGUGAUAAUUUUCAGACCCUAAAUUAUUUUUAGAACACCUACUAUUAUUUCCAAUUUCACGCUGUGUUGACAGGCUCACCAGUACCCGGCGUUACUUAGGUUUAAAAAAUAAAUGUUAAUUAACAGGUGAUUCUAUCUCGUAUAUAUACUGUAUGGCAAGCGUUUAAGAACUAUAGUUAAAAACGAAUUUUACAUGGCUCCUUUAGUACUCCCUCUUUGGGUACUGACUUUUAUCUUAAGAUCUCUACAGCCAGGCGAAUGCGUCCAAGCUAUCUUUCGCAAAAAUGAUGGGAAUUACUCAAGAAAUCAUGUGAUCGAAACAAAACACGCGGAAACGGAUUCGGAAUGCAGUAUGCGUUGCCUUGGGCUUGGGUCGUGUGUCUCAGUGAACUACAAAAUAUCUGGCAUCGGUAAAGGGCUAUGCGAGCUCAACAGUGAGAUCCGUGUUCAAAACAAAUCCAACGAAGACAAAAUAAGCAUGCGUAACCACGAGUUUAACCACUAUUACAUCAUCAAAAAGGUACCUCCCAAAUCAAGCCCAACAAGCACUCCACAAACAUCGGAAAACUCAACAGGUAACACACCGCCAGUUUCAAUUGAGAGUUCCUGCACUAUGUUACGAACAAAGGAUCCGUCAGCUGAUACUGGUGUGUAUUCCAUAAAACCAGAAGGACUCGACGUCUCGAUACAAGUAUUUUGUAAUAUGACCUCGAGAAAUGGUAUCGGUGAGACGGUAAUAGGACAUGAUAGUGAAUCGAGAACGUCUGUGGACGGAUAUAUAGGUAGACGUUCUUAUGAACGGAGGAUUACUUAUGAGAUCCCCAUGGAGCAAAUUGUCGCCAUUAUAGACCAAUCCAAGAGUUGUGAACAGUUUAUCAAGUACGAGUGCUAUGGCAGUUCCCUGUUACUGGGGACUACUGGUUGGUGGGUAUCACGCCAUGGUUUGUCGAUGAAAUACUGGGGUGGGGCGGCGGUCAAUAGUGGUAAAUGUGCAUGUGGAAUGACCAACAGCUGUGCAGGCGAAGGGAGAUGCAAUUGUGACAAGAAAGACCAAACAUGGCGUGAAGACAGUGGAUACUUCACAGACAAAAGAAUGUUGCCUGUUACAGAACUAAGGUUUGGAGAUACUGGCGGCAAUGAUGAAACAAAUGACAAUCAAGUUGGAUACCAUACACUGGGAAAAUUACAUUGUUGGGGUUAAGGAGAGAGAAAACAAAUACGCAGUCGAUAAGAGCCUGGACUGAUUGAUAAACCAAAUUGCAUUAAAAUUAUUAAAUUGGACGCAAAAUAGCUUUGUGUAGUAAGACUUUAUUUGUUGUCCCCCGAGUGAUAUAUUAGGGUUAGUAAAGGCUCCAGGCUUCAUAAUUUCAGUCGUAUUAUUGUGAAAUAUUGGAGUAAUUUAGCACUUUAUGUUUAUAUUUAUUAUUUGUAUAACACAAAUUUUACCUUGUACAAACCACGUAUAGUCAUAAGUUAUAUGAUAGCACACUUUAACCAAAUGGUUGGUUUGCCGGAGACUUUUCACUCAAACGUAUAGCACCAAUUAAGAUACCAAGAAACAGGAAACAAUAGACUGUAUGUAUAAUACUGACAUAUAUGUAAAUAAGGCCCAGAGGUCGAACUCUCCAUGUGCCAAAUCAAAUGUAAAUCAAACCAAUGUAAAUGUCAAUAAAAAGGUAUGUUGAACUGAAAGCAUGCUGUAAAAUUCCAAUAAGUUAAAGUGAGUCGUAAAGGUUGGUUGGGCCAUUAAAUAACCUACAGUAUACCCAUCUGGUGUUUUAUCAUCUUCAGAAUAUACAAUCACCAGAUUACGUUUAGGUGAAAAAUACAAUGAGGGUUUCAACGUUUUCACCAACAACAGGAUGUUCAUACCACAAACGAAGCUUUAUCUUCAUUUCUCUAAUGAAUAGAGACCUGAUGGAGACAAUUUUUGGGUGAAUGAUUCAUCUCUAAAUGUGCUUUGUAGAGGUUAAAGAUCUUAAUAUAAUGUACAUGAUUUUUUUCAGUUCUUUCUUUCAAGAGAGGAUCUUUUGUGCUUGACUCCUUAUAAUGCACAGUCCUGUGGAUAAUAUAUCCUAUAGGAUUUAGUGCCCUAAUUUUGAGUCAGGAAUACCUUCAAUGAGAUAGCAUUGGAUGCAAAUGUUGCAUCCUAUAAAUCUCUAGUCUUGAUUAUUAAAUUAAUUGAGCAUUUGAGCUAUACAGAUCAAAUACACUCUUCUAUUAUUCUAUCCUUUAUUUCUAUUUAAUAUACUCAGAUAAGGCCCAACGAGGCUAGGCGAGGCUUAGCGAAUACUAUAACUAUAGUAACCUAACUAGUUAUGCCCGCUGCGGAUCGGUAGGGAUGGAGACGGCAGCACGGCGAAGCGAACGAGCUCGGCGAAGCGAACGAGGUUGGCGAUGCGUAGUCUUUACUGUCAUUUUCAAUCAUGCGUACGUCCAUCAGAUAUGGAACCUAAACGGUACCCUCUCCAUCCCGUGAUUACACUGUCACACGGAAUCACAGAAGUGAAAGCCGUGGAAGGAAAACAUGAACACACACGAUGCACACAUAGUAAAUAAUUAGAUACAUACCGUAGGAGUCUUUGCAAACCAACUGAGCCUAGAGAAGCUAAACUAAAAAACAAUAAAUGGAAACCAUCCCCCGACGGAUGGAAUGUCAGGGGAAGAAGGCGGGGCGAACGAAGCGAUAAUAAGCAGAUAAACAACAAGGCAAGCCAUAUAAAUACUAAGGCCCGGGGAAAAUACCCCCGUGCCAAACACCCGGCUAGGAACCCACGCGAGCAGCGUUGCCAGAUCGUGAACAAAGUUCACAGAUUUGUGAACU